UAUAAGAGACCUAAAACGUAUGGUAAAGUUAAAUAUUUUUAAUACAUAAAAGUAGUUUCAGAAAAUCUUUUAAAAUAUUAAAAAUCGAUACAAGCAAAUAAAACAUGCUUCUGAUAUUGGAGUUUAUAUUAAUAAUUAUGUUAAAUAAAACAAACGCAUACAUCACGCAAGAUAGUGAAAUAAUAUUGCUGCCGGUAUGGAACCCGACAGACGCGGAGGAGAUACCAUUAACCCUGAAAGUUUUUGGAAAAUUGAUUCAGCUAAAUCUGCGUAAAAACGAUAAAAUUGUAUCGCCCACGUUUGAAGAAUGGAAAUAUAAUACAAAAAGCAUCAAAAAAAUGUCGCAGUUAAAAGCAUUAGAUUCUUGCUUCUAUAUUCACGAGGAUCAUGUCAGUUCUGCUGCCAUCAACUUUUGUCAUGAAAAUGGAUUGGAGGGACUCAUUUUUGUGGAGAAUGAUACAUUGGAAAUUCGGCCUUUGAGGAGCGAGUUGGCGCCGUUGUCCUUAAUCGACGACUAUUGCGUUAAAGGAGAAAUUAAUCUUUCAUUUGGCAAACCUCAUCUUAUUAAAACAUCGAACGAAAGUUAACCAUAGAACUUGCCGUUUUCUUCGACGAAGCAGCAUAUCGCACAUUCAUGCCUCUUCUGGACAACGAUGUGGACAAA